AGAUAAGGGCAGCAGCAGCAUCAUUAGAAACUGCUUCUGGAAACUUAUCAAGAUAAAUCGCAACGAACUAAAGCGGAAGACGAUGAGUACAAAUCAGCACAUGAUAUGAUCUCUGAGAUGAUUGACGGUGCUGUCCAAGCAGGGUCCAAAGCACGAUCGAAAGUAGAUAGAUCCAGAGCAAGUCGUGAAAGCACGGAUUCGAAAAGAUCAUCAAAAUCCAAAAUGGCAAAUAAAGCAGACCUGACAGAAGUGAUGAAGCUCAGUUUCCCCAAGUGGUCUAGCACCUUCUCAGCUCUGAGUAGAAAAAAACGAGUCGUGGAGAAUCAGGACACCGAGUUAGCCAGAGUACUGACCACUUUCGACUUGACGGCUCUAGGUGUAGGAAGCACCCUUGGUGUGGGGGUAUACGUGCUAGCUGGGGAUGUUGCAAAAAACACGGCGGGCCCAGCUGUUAUCAUAUCCUUUUUGAUUGCGGCUCUUGCAUCUAUCUUAGCUGGUCUGUGUUAUGCAGAAUUUGGCGCUCGAGUUCCUAAAGCUGGGUCUGCAUACGUUUAUAGUUAUGUAUGCGUUGGAGAAUUUUUCGCCUUUAUCAUUGGAUGGAAUUUGAUAUUGGAAUACCUUAUAGGUUCAGCAACAGUUACAAAGGCAAUAUUUUUGUACAUAGACGAGUUGGCGAAUAGAACCAUGACGGUAUUUUUUGAGAAAAAUAUGCCUCUUGGGGGUAAUCAGGUAUCUUCAUAUGCAGACAUAUUUUCCCUCAGCCUGUCUGUAAUUUUCUCAGUGGCCUUGGCAUGUGGAGCAAAAGAAUCGUCUCUAGUAAACAAUGUAUUCACAUUGACCAAUAUUGCCGUGGUUCUUAUUGUGAUUAUCUCUGGACUAUGGAAAGUGGAUGUAUCGAAUUGGAACAGGUCAGCCGUAGAAGCCAACGGUAAAGGACAAGGUGGUUUCUUCCCUUAUGGGAUCAAAGGGAUUAUUAAAGGGGCAGCCAGAUGUUUUUAUGGAUUUAUUGGAUUCGACUGUAUAGCUACAGCAAGUGAAGAAGCUAAGACUCCACAAAAAUCAAUCCCGUUAGGAGUUGUAUUGUCUCUCUUAGUUGUAUUUUUGGCUUAUUUUUCAAUGUCCACCGUGAUAACGAUGAUACUACCAUAUUAUGAACAGGAUGAUCAAGCUCCUCUUGCCCACAUUUACAACAUUUUGGGAUGGAAUGUGAUCAAGUAUAUAGUCAGUAUUGGAGCGAUAUGUGGACUUUUUGCAAGCUUACUAGGGGCAAUGUUUCCAUUACCAAGAAUUAUCUACGCAAUGGCUUCCGAUGGGCUACUGUUCAAGUCUUUAGGAAAAGUGCAUUCUCACUUUCAGACUCCGUUUAUUGGAACAUUAAUUGCUGGAGGUCUAGCAGGUGUUCUGGCAUGUAUUUUUGAGUUAACUAAGCUCACUGAAAUGAUGUCGAUUGGUACACUCCUUGCAUAUUCAAUGGUAGCAGCUUGUGUUUUAGUUCUAAGGUAUUCUAUGGACCCUGACGACAAAAAAUUGAGGAGAAAAAUCCUACAAGGGAGCAAAACUUUUUGAAGCAAAUCUUCAACAAACGUACCAUCCAUCCAAACCCACUAACGCAGAAAAUUGUAUCUUUGGAGAUAUCUCUAUAUUGUAAGAUCUAAAACGAUUUUUAUAAUAGCUAAACGUCGAAACAUAUGUUAUUAGCGCGCUCAAUUUUGCUUAACUCGCUGCAACGAACUACGAAGUAGAGCCUUAUCCUCAUUUUUCAAAUGAUACAAAUCUAUUAUUUCCGAUUCUUUUCAAAUAGGUUCAUACGUUCUUUCACUUUCAGUUAUAUUCUGCUUCGUAUUAUCCGCAUUCAUGACAAUAUUUGAAGAUGAUCUAUACGAUGGCACCCCAUGGCUAAUGAUAGUCUGCAGUAUACUCGGCGCCAUUGUAAUAGUAUUAUUAAUUUUAGUAUCAUUCCAGCCAACCUCAAACGAAAAUUUAGGAUUUUCGGUACCGUUAAUCCCGUGGAUCCCUGGUGUAAGCAUAUUUAUAAACGUCUAUUUGAUGACAAACAUUCAAAAAGAUACUUGGCUGAAAUAUACGUACUGGAUGAUUAUUGGUCUAAUUAUCUAUGUUUGCUAUGGUUUUUGGCAUAGUAUAGAAAGGACUACUGUAGUUGAGACUGGGAGGAUUUCCAAAAAUCCAGGAAAAUCUGAAAAGUCGAAUGCCGUUACCUUGACUCAUUAAACAUUUUAUUUUUCUACAAAGUAUUCUUUUCUAUUUUUUGUAAUAUAUGACUUAUUUUAUGCA